CUCCUGGAAGGCUUGACAGCAUAAAGUAAAAGAGCAAUUUGUAGUUGAUUUUUUUUUUCUCUGAACUGAUUUUUAGCAAAUUGCAGACUGAGACCCAGGACUCAACAGUAUAUUCUUGGAAGGCAAGAUAGUAUAAUGGAAACCACAAUCUCCUUCCUCAUCUGUGUGUUAUUCACGGCAGACACUGCAUGGACCCAAAGUGUGAGACAGGCCUAUGAUGUGUAUGAGCCAGAGGACUGGUCUGUGCAUGAUUUCAGUUGUCCUAGAGAAUGCUUCUGCCCUCCCAGUUUCCCUACUGCCUUAUACUGUGAAAAUCGAGGGCUCAAAGAAAUCCCUCCUAUUCCUGCAAGGAUUUGGUAUCUUUACCUUGAAAACAACUUGAUAGAAACCAUCCCUGAGAAACCUUUUGUGAACGCCACCCAGCUGAGAUGGAUCAAUUUAAACAAGAACAAAAUAACCAACUAUGGAAUUGAAAAAGGAGCCCUAAGCCAGCUGAAGAAGCUGCUUUUCUUAUUUCUAGAAGACAAUGAGCUAGAGGAAGUACCUUCCCCUCUGCCAAGAAGUUUAGAGCAGUUACAAUUAGCUAGGAACAAGGUGUCCAGAAUUCCUCAAGGAACCUUCAGCAAUCUGGAAAACCUGACCCUUCUUGAUCUACAGCACAAUAAGCUAUUGGACAGUGCCUUUCAAAGAGACACCUUUAAAGGACUCAAGAACCUCAUGCAACUAAAUAUGGCCAAGAAUGCCCUAAGGAACAUGCCCCCAAGACUGCCAGCCAAUACAAUGCAGCUCUUUCUGGACAACAAUUCUAUUGAAGGAAUACCAGAAAAUUAUUUCAAUGUCAUUCCUAAAGUGGCCUUCCUGAGGUUAAACCACAACAAGUUAUCUAAUGCAGGCCUCCCAUCAAGAGGUUUUGAUGUGUCCUCGAUUCUAGAUCUUCAACUGUCUCACAAUAGACUCACAAAAUUUCCCCAAAUCAGUGCCCGUCUGCAGCAUCUUCACCUUGAUCAUAACAAAAUUCGAAGUGUGAAUGUCUCUCUGAUAUGCCCUACGCCUACCACACUGCAUGCAGAACAAGAUGCUUUCAUUCACGGACCUCAACUGAGCUACCUCCGUCUGGAUGGAAAUGAAAUCCAACCUCCAAUCCCAAUGGAUUUAAUGACCUGCUUCAAGCUUCUUCAGGCUGUCAUUAUUUAA